AUGUUAGAUAAUCUUACCACGACAAGUCUGCCAAGUCCAAGUAUAAAGACCAGGCCAUCUUCCCUCAUAUCUCAUUCUCAUCAACGCACAACAAUCACUCUUUUCACCAUUCUCAAUACAGAACACUCUCCGACUUUUCUAAGUCUUUCAACCCCAACUUUCAAAAUGCCUUCCACCAAGAACACCACCGCCCAGACCCCUGGCUACCCUCUCACCUGCACCGUCAUGGCCAAGCCCACCAAGGACAACCAGACUCCCGGCUAUCCUUUGACCUGCAGCGUCAUGAAGAAGCCAGCUGCCAACGGUCAAACUCCCGGCUACCCCCUGACCUGCACUGUCAUGUAG